AUGCUGUUCUGUCCGAACUGUGCAAACCUGCUAGUGAUAUCCGCCGAGACGGGAUACAACAAAUGGGCGUGCAACACGUGCGCCUAUGAGUUCCCAAUAACGAAACAGAUGACUUCGCGCACAAAACUAAAGCGCAAGGAAGUAGACGAUGUGCUCGGCGGAGAAGAACAGUGGAAGCACGCUGACCAAACCGACGCAUCAUGUCCAAAGUGCGAAAACGGUCGCGCGUACUUCUACCAGCUGCAGAUCCGGUCUGCUGACGAGCCAAUGACGACCAUUUACAGCUGUACUGCUUGUGCGAACAAUUGGCGAGAGCACUAG